UCCGCCUUGUCCAUUCAACGCAUGUUUCUCUGUGCAGCUGUGUUUAUCAGAAGUCAAAAUGAACCAAGAGAAAUUAGCUAAACUUCAAGCCCAGGUCCGAAUAGGGGGCAAGGGCACAGCACGUAGAAAGAAGAAGGUGGUGCACAGAACAGCAACAGCUGAUGACAAGAAACUCCAGAGUUCAUUAAAGAAACUUGCAGUUAAUAACAUAGCUGGCAUUGAAGAGGUGAAUAUGAUUAAAGAUGAUGGCACAGUCAUUCACUUCAAUAACCCCAAAGUGCAGGCGUCUCUCUCUGCCAAUACCUUUGCCAUCACAGGCCACGCAGAGACCAAGCAGCUUACAGAAAUGCUUCCAGGAAUCCUUAGUCAACUCGGUGCGGACAGUCUCACGAGUCUGCGCAAACUCGCUGAGCAGUUCCCCAGACAAGUUCUUGACAACAAAGCUCCAAAAGCCGAAGAUAUUGAUGAAGAAGAUGACGAUGUGCCAGAUCUUGUAGAGAACUUUGACGAGGCAUCAAAGAAUGAGGCGAACUGAUCAUUGGACCUUCAGUAGUUCAGUUCAGGAUGAAGACACUUGCAGUAUUUUUAAACUAGAGUGACAGACAUAUCAUUUCAACACUAUCCAGCAAACCAUAAAAUUUUAUAUCAUGAAUUGGCUGUCCAGAUCCUUUCCAGACCAUUCUCCUGCACUUAUACAGAAAGACGGAUGGUUACAAGCUUAAUGGGUAUAAGUCUAAACCAAAAUGCUAGUUGAUCAUUUGACUGCUGUGGCUAUGAAAAAUAGUCUUAAUUAUUAUUUCCUGUUAAUUAAAGAUAAAUAAAACUUUUCUAUGUGGUUCUUUGGUUUACUAAAAAAGUUUGAAGGGAUUUGUCAUAAGGUCAGCACAAUCCUAAUUAGUCUACAUAAUCGUCCCCUAAGACUAAAAUGGGCUUUCCCUUAAAAUAUUUAUAAUAAACUUUAAUAAAAAAUAACUGUUAUUACUGUAAAGCAAUAAUAAGUAAAUAUGCAUUUAAAAAGUACAUUCAUUUAAAAGGUUUAAUUUCCAGGUCUGAAAAAGUCUGUAGUUAAUAUGCAGUUAGUUAUGAUCAGCUCUAAAUUAUUUAAUUGACUAGAUACGUUUUCGUGAAUGCAAUCGCAACAAAAUUAUUAUUAAAAGUCCUGUAAUCAUGAAAAACUGGAAGUUUUAUACAUGCAGUAUGCUAUUAUUACAUACACUAUAUACUUUUUUCUUUAUGUAGUGGUGGGAAAUGCCAUGUUACCACAGGUUUAUUGUAGUUUAUUGUGGUAAUAACUUUAUUAACUGACAUUUUGGUGGAAACGUUACUUGGAUAACCACUACAUAUGCUAAAACAAUCCGAUCCCAGCAUUUGUAUUCAUUUUAUUCGCUUAUGUGCACAAAAUUGAUUUACAUAUGCUGGGUGUUUCUUCAAAAGUACUCUCCAUUAUUGUGCACUUCUAGAAAGUGCUGGACAUUUUUCACACUCUAGUUAAUUUGUAUUUAAAAAAUUUCCAAAAGUAUGCGCAUGCACCACAGGAAAUAAUGUAUGGUGUUGAAUUUUUAUUAUUUUUUUUUCAUGAAAAUUUCCACCUCAUCUCAAAUUCUGUACGGUGUUUAAUAUAUUACAAGGUGGAAAUGAUGGUGAGAACAAAAAAAUGACAUUUUUGUGACAUUUUUUAAAUUUUGAAAUAAAAUGAUUCCUUUGUCUUGCUAUGGCCAAUUUCAUAGAUAACGUAUCGUAAAUACACAACUAAUAUUUUCAAUUUUUUUUAAUAGUUUGUCAAAAAAAAACAGCUUUAUUGGGAAUUACACUCAAUAAAAA